AUGAUGACUUGCAUCUUAAAGGCAGUCAUUGAAGACUUUAAAGUGUUUAAGGAAAAACAACCAGCAGUUAGCCCUAUUACGAGAGCCAUAGAAAAGGUGGUGGGCAGUUUGCCUCUGACUUUCUCUAAACUGAGCAAUGAAAACACCUCAGCCCUGGAAGAUAUUCAGGUUGAAAGGAUUGUUGACAAAAGGAAAAACAAAAAAGGGAAGACAGAGUAUUUGGUUCGAUGGAAAGGCUAUGACAGCGAGGAUGACACUUGGGAACCAGAGCAGCAUCUUGUGAACUGUGAGGAAUAUAUUCAUGACUUUAACAGACGCCACACUGAAAAGCAGAAAGAAAGCACGUUAACCAGAACAAAUAGGACCUCUCCAAACAAUGCUAGGAAACAGAUUUCCAGAUCCACCAACAGCAACUUUUCUAAGACCUCUCCUAAAUCACUAGUAGUUGGCAAAGACCACGAGUCCAAAAACAGUCAGUUAUUUGCCGCCAGCCAGAAGUUCAGGAAAAACACAGCUCCAUCUCUCUCAAACCGGAAGAAUAUGGACCUAGUAAAAUCAGGUAUAAAGAUACUUGUGCCUAAGAGCCCCAUUAAGAGCAGGACCACAGUGGACGGCUUUCAGAAUGAGAGCCCUGAGAAACUGGACCCCGUCGAGCAGGGUCAUGAGGACACGGUGGCGCCAGAAGUGGCGGCCGAAAAGCCGGUUGGAGCCUUACUGGGCCCUGGUGCAGAGCGAGCUAGAAUGGGGAGCAGGCCCCGAAUACACCCACUAGUGCCUCAGGUGUCUGGCCCCGUGACUGCGGCCAUGGCCACGGGAUUAGCCGUAAAUGGAAAAGGUACAUCUCCGUUUAUGGACGCGUUAACAGCCAAUGGAACAACCAACAUACAGACAUCUGUUACAGGAGUGACAGCUGGGAAAAGGAAAUUUAUUGACGACAGAAGAGACCAGCCUUUCGACAAGCGGUUGCGUUUCAGUGUGAGGCAAACAGAAAGUGCCUACAGAUACAGAGAUAUUGUCGUCAGGAAGCAGGAUGGCUUCACCCACAUCUUGUUAUCAACAAAAUCAUCAGAGAAUAACUCACUAAAUCCAGAGGUGAUGAAGGAGGUCCAGAGUGCCCUGAGCACGGCCGCCGCUGACGACAGCAAGCUCGUGCUGCUCAGCGCCGUGGGCAGCGUCUUCUGCUGUGGCCUCGACUUUAUUUAUUUUAUACGGCGUUUAACAGAUGACAGAAAAAGAGAAAGCACUAAAAUGGCGGAAGCUAUCAGAAACUUCGUGAAUACUUUCAUUCAGUUUAAGAAGCCUAUUAUUGUAGCAGUAAAUGGCCCAGCCAUUGGACUAGGAGCAUCCAUAUUGCCUCUUUGUGAUGUGGUUUGGGCCAAUGAAAAGGCUUGGUUUCAAACACCCUAUACUACCUUCGGACAGAGUCCAGAUGGCUGUUCCACUGUUAUGUUUCCCAAGAUUAUGGGAGGAGCAUCUGCAAAUGAAAUGCUGCUCAGUGGGCGGAAGCUGACGGCGCAGGAGGCAUGCGGCAAAGGCCUGGUCUCCCAGGUGUUCUGGCCUGGGACCUUCACCCAGGAAGUCAUGGUUCGCAUUAAGGAACUUGCCUCGUGUAAUCCAGUUGUGCUGGAGGAAUCCAAAGCCCUCGUGCGCUGUAACAUGAAGAUGGAGUUGGAGCAGGCCAAUGAGAGGGAGUGUGAAGUGCUGAAGAAAAUCUGGGGCUCAGCCCAAGGGAUGGACUCCAUGUUGAAAUACUUGCAGAGGAAAAUCGAUGAGUUUUGAUUGGCAGGCUGCCUGCUGAUGACACUGGAAUUGUAUUGAGCAGGACAUCUGUGGCUCCAACUUGCCCUAAUCCGUCGUCACAGCCUGAAACAAGUUCACUUGUAGCUCACGCUUGGAAGCAGGACUUGAAACAUCCAAGCUAUUUAUUAUCAAGGAGUUUUUAAGUACUGUAACUUAAAAAUAAAUAACUACAAAGCUCCUUUGUCCAAACGUCAUUAUUUUAUACUUAAUCUACACACGAGUAUGAAAGUAAUAUGGUGGCUCUAGACUGCUCUUUGAAGCUCUAAUUUUUGUUAUCUUUGGCUAGUACUGUAUAAAAAAGAAAACAAGGAUGUUUUGUUGGGUUUGGAUGGCAGAAAAGUCUGGAAUAAUGUUUGUUUUCUUUAUUUUUCUUUCUAGAACACAGAAUCUAAAGAGGUAUUAGCCAGCCUCACCUCCCCUGCCCCAAAUAGAGAUACAGAAAGAUCUGAGACUUGCCUUUGUCUGCAAGAAGGUACAGAUACCUCAGAGAUGGAAAAUUGUAAAUCAAAAGUAAGACUUAUCUUUUAGGAUAAGUGUUUCUGAUGAAAAAUUCACUGAUGAACAUACCCCCAAACUAAAUGUAUGCUUAAGAUUCACGCUGAGAGAUCAAUUGAUUUCUCCUUCUGUUUUUUAGUAAGUCCAGUUCUUACCCAGUUAACAUGAAGAAACCACUGUCUGUCUAGAAGAAAGCUUGUUUUGCAGUAUUAGUGAAUCACUGAAUAGCUUAAGUAUGAAUAUCUAAGUUAUAAGUUAGUCUUAGUGGGUUUUAAAUAGUUUUUCUGACCCUUUUGAAAAAUAACUACAUAAGUGCUUCUUGUUGCUGGGUGAGAAAUAGUACUUUAUAUACAGUUUUGGUUUUCUAUUUGCAGAUAUGAUUGAUGUAUUACACCAAAAAAAAGUAUUUUUAUGUUUAUAAAGUAAUUUUUAGGUUCACUUAGAAUAUAUUUUAUUUAAUAAGUUAAAAUUCUUUUGGCACACUAUUAAAUGCAGAAACUCCUUUUUGGAAAAA